AUGGAUCCAGCCUCGAGAUCGCCCGCCCUCCCAGAUCGUGCUGCCUCCGCUGAAGCGAGCUCGACCCGGCCGAAUCCCUUUGAUGACAGCAACAUAUCAUCUCGCAAGCGACAACGAACUUCGCUCUCUGGGUCUCCCACCAAUUCUCACAGCACAGUGAAUCCUGGUCACGACUCUUCUCGCUCCGCCACCCUUGAUACUGAACCUGUCUUGCCUCGACCUGGCUCGACAACUACCUAUUCUCAACCAGACUCCGCCGCUCCCAAGACUUCAGAUACAGGCUCUCCUGUUUGCGACCCGUCAACAGAGCCGCCAUCUAGCAUGGCUACUCUUAACCUGAGAAACGUGCCCGGGAAUGACUCAACUUCCUCACCACCUCCACCGAACGUGGCCCAGACAGUUGCAGCUGAGACUACGGCUGAUGUCUUUAAGGACCAAGUCAAAGAGAGCGUCGAGGAUACUGAAGUCGCUAUGGUGCCGCCUCCUCAGAACUUCAGCACUCCACGGUCCAGCUUCUCGCAUUCAGCAAGCCCUCCUAUCGAAGUUAUCACUGUGCAGUCGGAUGAUGAUAUGGCUUCUGAUCGCCAGAGCAUUGGGGUUUCAAUAGUCGAUGAUGAUUCUGUCGUGAUCGAUCCCAUCAAUGAAUUUCCUUUCAGGGAACCCACAGAGACACUGGAGGGAAUGGUGGUGCGCCUCUGCAACUAUAUUGAAACUCAAUCGUCAAUCGAUGCAGGAGUCAUCUACAAACUCCAACAAUGGCUUGGACGGUAUCUCGAUUACAUCGCUACUGCCAAUCAGCAAUUGGUGGUCGAUUCAUGUCGUCUUAACCAUGUUUUCUGGGUGACCUUCCCACGCAUUGUUACCACUAUGGCUGCCCACAAGCCUCCGUUUCUAGCAGAUGAUUUGUUACGGCAUCAAACCAAGGCCAUCUUUUUAGACUACGCCAGGUUGUCGGCAUGGUUCGUCAAUCAGGAUAUUCAAACGAUCAAAGAGUUCAUAGCAGAACAUGGAGGUCGGGGACAGCAGACCGUCGAACUUUUCUGCCCAUGUUAUCUUCAGAACCUCCACUCAAUCAUCAGCCCGCUAUUGUUGAGCGAUGAUCAGUAUCAGCAUUUCGGGGCCUUGUCCAUGGCCUUUCUUAAGGCAUACCAGGACAGCCCAGGCGGGAGCCUCAGUCGCCUUCUCCAACUGACAAGAGCAUUAUUCCAAGUUAUCCCUACAUAUCCCCGGUUGACCAAUGAACUGGCACCUAUAUGCUUAGUCGCGUCAGAUAUCAUGGAAGAUUCCUGUAACUUUGUUACUCCCGAAUUUGCUUUCAAAAACAACCAGAAACUUCUGGUAGGCCACACAUUGCUCGAUCUGAUACACGAAAGAUUGGACAUCAUGAUUGACAAGAGUCCGACGCAUCUCGCCGCAGACAGUGUUCUCGUGAUCGUUCAAGCUUUGUCAAAUAUGAUCAACAUAGCUCUCAAGGGUGAUCACGCAGCUGCAACUCGCAUGUUGGAACAGCACCGCACAGAGUUUCCAGCAGUGCCUCUCAGAUACACUUCUGAAGCGAUUUCUUAUGAACACCGCUUUCAGUUCUUGAUCAAACUAAUCAAGUCAAGCCAAAUGCAACUUCGAUUUCAAGGCAUGACACAAAUGUGCAAAGAGCUUAUUGCCUUCUGGAAAAAGCAUUUCGACAGCAAAGCCGAUGAUGGAAGCCGUUAUGUCGAACACAUUGCGGAAUACCUGAUCCGGACCGGAUUUAUCGACUAUCUACUAGGCGCCAACUGCCAUCCUGAAAUUAUUGUUGAGGGUGCUAACAUCAUUGGCUUCAUCAUUGUGACGAGAAGGUACCGAAGGACGCAUAUCGAUAGGUUUUGGGAGGGCAUUACUUCCAGGCAAGAUCCCCGUACCGCUGACGCUCUGGCCCGCAUGGUCAUUCAAGUCGCGCAUCUUUUUGACGACGAUGGGUUUUUGCUUCUCUGUGAGAAGUUCCAGACUCUUCCCAUAGACGCAUUUACGCCCGCCAUCCGAAUGCUCUGGGAGGGUGUCAUGAAGAGUAUGGCAGAAAAAUGUUCGGAAGAGCGUCUUCUCGUUGUCCAACCGUACAAUUUAUGCCUGCGUCUAUUGAGGGAUUCGUCUGUUUGUGCAUCCGGAUCGCAAGUCAUGUAUCCUGACAUCCAACAAGCAGCAAUGCAGAAAUUCAUAGAGCUCCUGAGGUGCGGUCCAGAUGCUGAAGGGCAGCAACAGCUCUACCUUGGGUGUCUUCAAGAUCUUGCAAAUAAGUCUGCAACAACCUUGGGGAGCCUUUGGUGUUUAUUCAUCGCAUUACGCUCAAGGGACAUGAGCCAAGAGAUGCGCUGGCUAGUAGAACACCAUGACUUGACAAGACUCGUAAUUGAAGAGUUGGAACAUGCUAUUGGGGCUUGCCAGACGGCAGGGAUUCCGGCGGUUCUCUCUUGCUCUGUCAACCAACCUCGGAGAGAGUUCAUUGCCAACCUCAUCCAGCUUGAGCCGCCAUCAAUCACCGAGGAUCUUGGUAUCAAACUAUGGAACAUGUUGGUAGGGCCAAUGUCCCUUUCACCAGACGAUAGGCGGGUGGGCUGGGAAAUCUUGAACAGUCCCCAUCGGAAGAACAAAAACGGUAAUUCUUUCCUUCAAGCUUGUCUGACCUACCAUCUUCCAGCCCUUUCGUCCGAAUACUUCUGUGAGGGUAUGCUUGAAUUUCUUAGAAUUGAGAUCCUCCCACGCCUCAAUGACAAUUUCAACCUUGCUCUCGAUGACCCAGAAGCGGUUGCUACUAGUGGCAUUGAACAAUUGUGGCGUCUCAUUCUCGAGGCCGAAGAUGAGACUCUAGUAGACAGGGCCAUACGAACCCUCGCAGUUGAUGUCUAUAUCGACAGUCGAUUUUUCAACUCUAUUUCAACUCAGAGAGCACAAUCUGUCCAUCUGAAGCUAGCCAGUCGAUGCUUAGGGCAGCUGAAAAGCGCUGCCCAGGAGCUGAGAAAUGCAAGCCGAGGCGCGAACAGCGAUGGCCAAGUCGUGGGUACCACAAUUACGCAACGGCAGUUACAGCAGCAAGAAAGGAUUUUCACCCGUUCGUUGAAGUUUCUCCGCUAUAUUCUUGAAGCCCACCAGUCGAAGCCAUCCUUGUCCGCACCUGACCUACGAACACUGAUCCCACAAGCCUCCCACGAGGUCCAAGGAGAUCCUGCGGGCCUGAAGUAUCAGUCCUUCGAUGGCGACCAGCAGACUGACAUCAAGCCACUUGUCAUUGGGAGGGCGAACACGGCAGCCUCACUCCUCGCUAGUUUGCGGCAAGAGACCGGGUUUGAGAACUAUCGGAUAUACUACCGAGGCCGACCAUUCCUGCCGAGUGAGCAAGAUAUAUGCAGAUCCUUAGAAGAUCUAUGUGUGCAUGAUGGCCUUAUACUGGUCAGACGUGAAGAGGGCGGCCCCGCCCUCUCCAAAAGGGUCAGGCCGGGCGCUUCACCACUAGAGAUUGAGAUUUCCGCACACUUCGACGAGAUGUGGGAGUAUUUAAGCAUGGAUGAAGCACUGGCACAAGAGAUUUACUACUUUCUCAUCAAGCUGCCCACAGAUGGCCACUUCAUGAAGUUGAUCAGCAGUGGAACAACGUCAUCUAAAGAUAUCUUUCCCUCGGGGCAACCGUUCAAAUCUCUUUACGCUGUCCAUGCGUUGGUCGAAUAUGCUGAAAACCUCCUCCCUAGUCAACUGAUCAGUCAUCUCAAUGAUGUGACCACUGGCUCAGGGUCCGAUCCUGUGAUCCUUCCCGAGGCUCUCAAGACACCAAUAUCCUUCAUCGUACAGGCAAUCUCGGAUGAGGACAUUUUCAAUGGCGCUUCGGUACUCCUGCGGCUAAAGUUGGCGUCUACUUUGCUGCAUGCCCUUCGGCAGUUUCUUGACAGAGUCGGUAACCUCAGAGGUUCAAUACCGCCACAGGGGCUCCCCCUCCCUGACCCGAACAGGUUGGUGAAAAUGUUGUCGUAUGCCAUAGACUGCCCGGGUGACGUCCCUUCUCCGGUCAUAGCAGGAGCGCUUGUGAUCUGUCUUCGACUGAGCAUGCUUGAUGACAAGUUUUGGGCUAAACUCAGCACAAACCCCGACUUUAACCAUGACCUGCAUCGCCUUCUACUGAUUGAUUCCCGCCAGAGUAUGAGAUCGCUUUCUGCAAAACUAAUUGAAGAACUUUUUGCUGUUAUGAGUACUGCCACUCUCAUUCGUGAGACUGACUGUGAAACUUCAGCUACAUCCCGUGAGUGCUCAAUGAUGGAAUAUUUCUGGAAGGUCACCAGCGCCAUGGUCAGACAGACGACUAUAUUUCCCAACCAGUGCGAAGAACUCUUCAGGUUGGUUUAUUUUCUCGUUAUGAGGAUCAACGAGCGGUCGCCUGAGUUGCUGAACAUUGAGAAGUUUGCCUCUCAAAUUAGCCAGCUUCUUCUUGAGCAUACUACAACCGAGACCAUUGGGCCACCAAGUGUAGAUGAUUCGCUCGCAAGAGGUCUAUCGUUACUGUUGCACAUUUGUCUCCAGCUAGAUAACUCAGUCGCACAGUCCAAGACACUUCCUAGUAACCUCGCAAUGUCACUUGUUUGGAAGCACUUAUAUCCUCCUAAAGACCUGCGAAGUGGGCAGCCUGUACCCAAAGUGAUCCUUAACGAAGAUACUCGAGCGAAACUUUCAGAUGUGCUAUUCACUCUUGUGAAACACGACCGGAAGAAGAUGGUGGCGGUUGUGGAAGCUCUCGAUGAGCAAGUCCCAUUCUUCGACGAUGAAGAGGACGACCACUACAUCUAUGAUCUCAAUUACCAUUUCGACCGACACAGAGCUCUUCGAGCCCCUUGUGGGUAUGCUGGUCUGCUGAAUUUGUCUAACACUUGUUAUCUCAACUCGUUGAUGACACAACUCUUCAUGAACACUACGUUUAGGCGUUUCAUCCUCGGCUGCCGUAUCAAUGAUCCUGCAAACAGCCAGCAACUCCUGUCCUACACCCAGAAACUGUUCGGUCAUAUGCAGGAGAGCUACCGUCGCUUCGUCGAUCCGUCAAAUUUCGUCCAUUCCAUCAAAACAUACGACGACGCAUUGAUUGACAUUCACAAUCAGAUGGACGUCGACGAGUUUUACAAUCUACUACUUGAUCGCUGGGAGACUCAGCUCUCUGGCCACGAUGAAAAGCGGGUCAUAAAAUCGUUCUAUGGUGGUCAGCUUGUGCAACAAGUCAAGUCAAAAGAAUGCGAACAUAUUUCGGAGCGACUUGAGCCAUUUUCUGCAAUUCAGUGUGAUAUCAAAGGGAAAGGCACAUUAGCAGAAAGUCUCCAGGCAUAUGUGGAUGGCGAGGUCAUGGAAGGAGACAAUAAGUACAAGUGCUCAACAUGCGAUCGCCAUGUUGACGCAGUAAAAAGGGCCUGCCUCAAAGAUGUUCCCGACAAUGUCAUAUUCCAUUUGAAAAGGUUUGAUUUCAACCUGCGUACCUUACAGAGAAACAAGAUCAAUGAUUAUUUCUCCUUUCCGGAUCGAAUUGAUAUGCGACCAUAUACAAUUGAGCAUCUCAGUAACCCAAAGAGCGAUAUCGAGGAGGACAUCUUCGAACUGGUGGGUGUGCUCGUUCACGCAGGCACAGCUGAAUCCGGACACUACUACUCAUACAUUCGCGAGCGUCCCACCUCGAGCAAUCGGCCCUUGUGGGUAGAAUUCAACGAUGACUUAGUGACGCCAUGGGACCCUGCGCAAAUGGAAUACUCCACGUUUGGAGGUACGGAUCACCGUCCCAUAUACGAUAAUAACGGCAUUUUGUACGACAAGAACUUUAGCGCUUAUAUGCUGUUUUACCAGCGUUCUUCAUCCUUGCGCGCGGAACAGGAAAAGAUGUCGGCCCUUGCCAUUCCAGCACCCCUUCGUGUUGAUGUGCCAGACCACCUUGCGGAUCAUCUCUCAGACGAGAAUACGAACAUCCUCCGCCGCCAUUGUAUUUACGACCCAAGCAAUGUCAAGCUUGUUCAAGUUCUGUUUCGUCAGUCACAACAGUACUGCAAAUCCCUUGGCAGAAGCGAAAAGAGCUCGAGUAUCAACAGCUUUAUGGCCAUGCGUAGUCAAGAGCAUGGACUCCAGGAUCUUGCCAUGCGAACGCUCAUUGGCAACUUGGAUCAGGUUGUUGCAAGGACUAAGGACGCACCGGAUUUCCUCUCGUACGAAGAGAUUAUCGAAGACGCAGUCACAUCAUGCGAGCGGUGUGCCUUUUCCUUCUAUGAGUACUUUAAUCAGCAUCCGAGCGCUCUUCGCAUGCUUUUGCAGCGUAAUCCAGAUCAAUUAGUGCGGAGCAAGAUCAAGAACCUUUUCAAGGUUGCAGUCACGAAAAUCUCGACGGCUUUGCCCAAUGUUUACGAUCCGGAGAUUCGAUACAAGUUGGUUCAUGAUGCUGACGGAGACGAGGCACUCUCUGAACCUGAUGCUUCCCAUCGCUCCGUUAUUGACGGCGUAAUGAUGAUAUUCCAACACCUUUGGAAAUUCUUUCAUAUCCACAUUAGAGCCUGGGACGAAUACUUUGGAGCUAUUUUAGACUUUGCUGACAUGGGUCACCGGGAAACCGGAUAUGUCUUGGCCGCGAACUUCCUAGCGAGCGCUAUCAGAAUCAUUUCUGCUGACCCGCUCCAGGAACUCAGUGGGAACUGGGCCAGAAUGCUCCAAAGUGUCAUUAGGCGGAACAAUACUACAAAGCCUACCUCGUAUGUAUCGAUUAUCAGACUAGUCAGCCACUUGAUGAGUCAGAUGAGGCCGCAAAUAGGAACCGAAUAUAUCGAAGACCCGACAGAACGUGUAUCACAACUAGCUGAGGCCUUCAGCUGGACGCCCGAAGAGGUGGACCUUGUUUACAGCAGUCCAAACGGUUCCUAUACCAGCCUGUUUGUUGAAAAACUCCUUACCCUCGAUCAAGAACACGCCGGCUGCAACAAUAUCAUCAGAAUUUUGACAAAGCUGGACAGCAGUAUGGAUGAAAAAGUACUCGGGACCUUGAAGCUAUGUAUCCGUGGUGAGACUUCGACCCAGGCCAUGGAUCCGUUUCUGCGGGCUUCUAUCACGUACCUCGAAAGCACAGAACAGCUCAGCAACGCCAAGGACAUGAUUGAACACGUAUCUAUGCAAGCGAGAAGUCUUCAAAACACUGAGGGCCUGUAUUUUGUUCAAUUUUUCAGAACGGCAUUGGAUCUCCGCCAACAAGACAGGGAAUUUUGUAAGGCGGUCCGCACGUUCAGCCGUGACCUCAUCCCAAAAUGGGUACCUUUUCUCCUCGCAAGCCCUGAAGAACAAGUGCGCCGGAGCACACAUGACUUUUUAGUUUGCGAGUUGGGUAAGAUUGAUGCUGGUGCUACCAGUGACCGCGAUGUCACUGCGGAUGAUCAAGUCUCAAUCAGACAGAUGACGAAGCAAAUCGGCCUUAUUUGUCUCCAGUAUCUCAGGGACCACCAUGUGCGCAGACGGGCUCAAAUGAGUCGGGAAAUUGCAGAAAAGUUCCUGAAGGUAAUUGAGGGAUGUGCAGCUACGAUGGCAACAACAACGGGUACACAACCCGAUCUAGACGUGGAAUUCCUCACAUUGCAGGACGAUGUCUUGAAUCCCUUCCGCAGGCUAAUUGUUGACGAACUGGAGGAAGAUGGCUCCGACUGGGAAGGAUCCUGCGGGUCAUCUGAGCAACUUGAUGACAUUGUUGAGAUGAACAUUUCAGGCAUGAACGAAAUAAACGAUCUGGAGCAGAUGUCAUGA